AUGAAGCUCGUCGGUUUGAAAAGCGUUGAAAUGGCUGAAGAAGGAAGAUCAAGCACCAUUAUGAAGAUCAGCUUACAUACUCAAGGAACUUGUGAAGACAUGAUUAGAGUUGACACGCAUAAGGUAUUGUCAACUGGCGAGAAGGAAAACACAAUUCAUAGACUGGAGGAAGACUAUACAAAUAGCGCGAUGACAGCAGGCAAAGAGAUUAUCCAGAAACAGAAAUUGCAGCUUAUGCAACUGCUGCAGCUUCUGAAACAAGUAGAGAGUUGUGUUAAUUCUAGCCAGAAAAGCAUGUUUCAGACAAUUGAUGACCACAAGGACAAUAUCAACACAUUUAUCCAAAAAGCUGCCAAUUAUGUAUCCGCAAUUCAACAGUCAAGCCAUGAUGGUAGGGCCUUCACCAUCACACUUAAGCUCCUGAAAGCUAUAUAUGAACAUGUCUGUGCAGUCCUCAGCUCAGUUGAGGGUGGGGUGGACAAUAUGGUCAACAAAUUAACUGAUCAAAUGGGUAAGCCAAUGAUUGAGUAUGUUAAAAGCUUUAAGGCUGAAAUGACAACAAGCACAUGUCAUCGUCUAUUGGUUGCAUUGGAGGAUAUGAGAAAAGUUGCAAGGGAUAGAAGGGUAGAAUUGGCACAAGCAAGAAAAAAGGUCAGAACAGCAGAAGAAAGGACACUUCAAGCAUUAAGCAAGUUGAGAGAAUCAGAAGAAAGAAUGAAGAGAAUGAGACAGAUCAAUGAAAGACAUGAGUCUUCUCGUCAUUAUCCCAGGCACAAAUUAUUAGCACAACAGAAUGAGCAAACUAAAGAUGACAAGUUGCUGUGGGAACUACUUAAAAUGAAACAAAGAUGCCAACAACCCAAGAGUCCAUUUGGACCACAAGAGCUUCAUCCUGUUGGAAGCAGUACCAAACACCACCAUAAGUCAACAAUGGUCAACCCAUCCAUCACAUCCACAUCUACACAAUCUUACACUAAAUCAAAAGUCCUCCCAAUCUCAUUGGGAUUGGGUCUGGGUGCAUCGCCUUCAGUAACAACAAAACAAGCCUGGUCAUGCAAACAUGUUGCUCACUGA